GCCGGUGGCGCAUGCGCGGGGCGGGGCGGCGCGGAGGGGAGCUGAAGGAGAGCGGCGCCAUGGCCGGGGCCCUGCGCGUGCCCUCCCUGCGGGAGCUGGAGGUGCAGGAGGUGGCGGUCAGCUCGGCCGUGCUGAAGGCCGCGGCCCACCACUACGGAGCGCAGUGCGACCGGCCCAACAAGGAGUUCAUGCUGUGCCGCUGGGAGGAGAAGGACCCCAGGAAGUGCCUGCGGGAGGGGCGGCAGGUCAACCAGUGCGCGCUCGACUUCUUCAGGAAGAUCAGGACGCACUGCGCGGAGCCGUUCACCCAGUACUGGACGUGCGUCGACUACUCGGGGCUGCAGGAGCUGCGCCGCUGCCGCAAGCAGCAGGCUCUGUUUGAUAGCUGUGUGCUGGAGAAGCUGGGCUGGGUGAGACCUGAUCUAGGACAGCUCUCUAAGGUUACCAAAGUGAAGACAGACCGACCUUUGCCUGAGAAUGCCUAUCACUCUAGACCUAGACCAGAGCCAAAUCCACCCAUUGAGGGGGAGCUGAAACCUUCUCCCUUUGGCAGCAGACUCUUCUUCUGGUCUUGGUGAAGUGGGUGGGCUGGGCUGCAGCUCAAAGAUGGGUUGGUUGCAAAUGUAAAUUAUCUGUUAUGUGUUGGGUAGAACUGUAAUGAUUAAAGAACCCCAAACUGCUGGA